AUGAGUGAGCUACCCACCGGCUCCAAACGCCGGAAAACCAGCGGAGGCGCCACCGAUGACGCCCCAAACAACGAAGUCCCGAAGGGUGACAUGGAGUUGGAGUCCUCCGUGCCAUCCGAGGACGACUCAGAAUACGCGACUGACUCCGAUAGCUCUACAUCAUCACGCGCCAGCGCCCCGGCCGUCGAAAUCCAGGAUUUCGUACGGGUGAAAAAAGAGAAGCGCGCCCUAGCUACCAAGCUACGCGCCAAAGAAAUGGAGGUGGAAUCACUCCACGCGAUCAUCCGUGACCUGCAGCAGCAAGUUAACGCGCUGAAAUUAGCGAUUCCCGACAACCGGACCGCAGCGACAACCACGGCACCAAGGACAACGGCCAUUCCGAGGCCCAGCAUCCCGGCAACUCAAGUAACCCACCCGAGGCCAUCAAGCAACAACACCGCCACAUCAGCAAGCCAAACCAGGCAGCCGGCAUCAACUAGUCGCAGCACCACCUCAACCAGCAGAACAAAGAUAUUAAGUGCUGAAAAUAGAUUAGAACCAAAUAAAAAUAAAACAAUAAUCAUGAGCGGUAGGCAACGAAGCGAUGUGUGGAGCUAUUUUUCACAAAAAGAAAACGUAAAAGCAGUUUGUGAUAUCUGCAAAGCUGAAAUUUCGUUUAAGAGUACAAUAACUAAUUUAAAAAGCCACCUGAAAAGGAAGCACGUAGGCGUUUAUACAGAACUUGUUUCCAAAAAUUGUGCAAAUGAUAAUUCGCAGAAUAGCAGCGGAUCAGUAAUACCUCUUGAGUCUGAAACAGCCACCAUUAACACCGAAAGCGCAGAAACGAUUCCUCAGCCAAAUGUAUCCGUACCGGUAAUACCUUCAGCAUCCAGCGGCCAAAAUCGAGUAGAACGGCAACGAACAAUUGGCUCCUACAUUGCUAAAGAAAUAACUUCACACCAAAAGAAUCUAAUUGAUCGGGAUCUUCUCCAUUUAUUUGUGAAGGAAUUUCAUCCAUUCAGUUCAGUUGUUGUUCAGUUGUCAUCCAGUUCAGUUGUUGAAGAACCUUCCUUUCGGAAGGUCAUCAAAUGGAUUCCCGGAUACGAACUUCCUUCAAGGAAGACAAUUUCAACAACAAUGAUACCUGCCCUGUAUCAAAGUUGUGUUGAAAAUGUUCGAGAUUUGGUGUCACGCGAGGCAAUAUCUGUUUGCUUGACGACAGACUGCUGGACAUCUGCCAACAAUGAGAAUUAUAUGGCAACAACCGCUCAUUUCAUAACUGAAGGGUUUACUUUUAAGACUGUAUUAUUGAAAUGCUCUUAUUUAAGUGGGAGUCAUACGGCCGUUCAUCUCGCGGAGGAGAUAAAAAAUAUAAUAUUGGAAUGGAAUUUAGAGGGAAAGGUAAAUUAUGCUAUUUCGGAUAAUGCAACAAAUAUUACAAAAGCGUUAGCUGAUAUAUUGAGUUUGAAGCAUUAUGGCUGCUAUGCCCAUAGCCUUAAUUUAAUUGUUCAACGAGCUCUUAAGGAACUGGAGCCAACACUAGAAAAAAUUAAAAAAAUCGUAACGUUUUUUAAAAGAAGUUCGUUGAACAAUGAGAAACUCUUGAAGUUUCAAAUAAAUUCAGGUGUUUCUCAACCAAAACGUUUGAUUCAGGAUGUGAGUACGAGGUGGAAUUCUACCUUUUAUAUGCUACGUCGGUUCAUAGAGCUAGAGGAGGCAAUACGAGCGACUAUAGCUUUAGUUGACAGGAAUUUGCCCGUUCUCACAGGAGAGGAAUGGAAGACCUGUAAGGAAGUGUGCAACAUAUUGAGCCCAUUCGAAGAAAUGACCAAUUCGAUGAGUGGCGAAAAAUACAUGACAGGAAGCGCCGCGAUUGUGGUCACCCGGUGUCUUAAAGGUGUUUGCGAACGGUUUGCCCGAACUUCUACCUUUUCUGCAGCGACAGAAAAAGUUGUCAGCUCAUUACGUCGGGGAUUGACUGAUCGAUUUGGAAAUAUAGAAAAAAUUAUCCCGCUGGCGAUUUGCACCCUUCUAGAUCCCAGAUAUAAGCAUCAUGUUUUUCAAGAUGAUUCUGCACUUUCCGCGGCUAAAACUUUUUUGGAGAACUUAACAAUAGAAAUGAUCGAAAAAAACACAAGUGAGCAACAUAAUGGCGGAUCGUGCACUUCUAGAUCCUCUGUUACCAUUCCUUUCCGAAAUGAACCAAGUGCUUGGGGCAUUUUAGAUGAAAUUAUGGGCGAUAAGCAACCACAAGCAUCUCCAAUAUCACGAGCGAAAAAAGAGAUCGAGAGUUAUUUUCAAGAUGACGUUCUCCCACGUCGGGAUGACGACGGAAAUAGCAGUAAUGUUUUAAAUUGGUGGAAAACAUUCCGGCAUAUUUACCCCAAUUUAGUCAAAAUAUUUCGUAUUAACUGCAAUAUCGUCGCAACCUCCGUUCCUUGUGAACGUAUAUUUUCAAAAGCUGGUAACCUUAUUAGUGAAAAACGUAUCAGGCUAUCAUCUGAGAAAGUUGAGUUAAUUUUGUUUUUGAAUGCAAAUUUGGAGUCCUCAGAUCAAUGA